AUGCCACGCCUGCCACCGCAGGACUUGACCAUGCCACGCCUGUCACCGCAGGACUUGGACCAUGCCACGCCUGUCAACGCAGGACUUGACCAUGCCACGCCUGCCACCGCAGGACUUGACCAUGCCACGCCUGUCAACGCAGGACUUGACCAUGCCACGCCUGUCAACGCAGGACUUGACCAUGCCACGCCUGUCAACGCAGGACUUGACCAUGCCACGCCUGUCAACGCAGGACUUGACCAUGCCACGCCUGUCAACGCAGGACUUGACCAUGCCACGCCUGUCAACGCAGGACUUGACCAUGCCACGCCUGUCAACGCAGGACUUGACCAUGCCACGCCUGUCAACGCAGGACUUGACCAUGCCACGCCUGUCAACGCAGGACUUGACCAUGCCACGCCUGUCAACGCAGGACUUGACCAUGCCACGCCUGUCAACGCAGGACUUGACCAUGCCACGCCUGUCAACGCAGGACUUGACCAUGCCACGCCUGUCAACGCAGGACUUGACCAUGCCACGCCUGUCAACGCAGGACUUGACCAUGCCACGCCUGUCAACGCAGGACUUGACCAUGCCACGCCUGUCAACGCAGGACUUGACCAUGCCACGCCUGUCAACGCAGGACUUGACCAUGCCACGCCUGUCAACGCAGGACUUGACCAUGCCACGCCUGUCAACGCAGGACUUGACCAUGCCACGCCUGUCAACGCAGGACUUGACCAUGCCACGCCUGUCAACGCAGGACUUGACCAUGCCACGCCUGUCAACGCAGGACUUGACCAUGCCACGCCUGUCAACGCAGGACUUGACCAUGCCACGCCUGUCAACGCAGGACUUGACCAUGCCACGCCUGUCAACGCAGGACUUGACCAUGCCACGCCUGUCAACGCAGGACUUGACCAUGCCACGCCUGUCAACGCAGGACUUGACCAUGCCACGCCUGUCAACGCAGGACUUGACCAUGCCACGCCUGUCAACGCAGGACUUGACCAUGCCACGCCUGUCAACGCAGGACUUGACCAUGCCACGCCUGUCAACGCAGGACUUGACCAUGCCACGCCUGUCAACGCAGGACUUGACCAUGCCACGCCUGUCAACGCAGGACUUGACCAUGCCACGCCUGUCAACGCAGGACUUGACCAUGCCACGCCUGUCAACGCAGGACUUGACCAUGCCACGCCUGUCAACGCAGGACUUGACCAUGCCACGCCUGUCAACGCAGGACUUGACCAUGCCACGCCUGCCNCUGUCUCUUAUACACAUCUAGAUGUGUAUAAGAGACAGGAGUGGGACUGA